AUGACAGCCUCAGAAACGAUAUUCAAUCACAGAAAUCCGCCGUCACACGUCACCUCACAUCCGAAGUCCCUGGUACCAUUCAACGAUGAUGCCCUCCAAUCCGGUGCCUGCCCUGGCGUUUCUCUGCUAUUUGGUGCCUCGGAGCCUCUGCGGAUACUGCGGCCGAACUUCUGGACCGACAAGGCACUGAACAUCCCCGAGAUCGUCUAUUCGAUUCAGGAGCAACUCGACCGAGCAACCCUCAAUCGUUCCCUCCUCGUCUCACGCCUCUGGUAUCUAUCGGGACACCCCUUGGUGUGGCAGACUGUCGAUUGGGACAAUACCCUGGAGGGAUCGUUUCAAGAAGAGGUCAUGCGGAGGUAUGCGUAUCGUAUCGAGACUAUGAGAUGUACAUUCCAUUCGCAAGGCGGGACGAGUAAGGUCGACUCGUCGUCAUUGUUACGGGAAUUUGUUGUCAACACCAACGAGGAGGGACUAUCAAUACAUAGAGCGCUUUCUAGCAGCGACGAUGACGGUGACGAUACCAUGGCGAAAAGUUUACCUGCACGAGGACGGAAAUUCGAUAAGGACGGAAUCCUGAUUCCCACAAGCCUUGUGCGACCGAGAAUGCGGCUCAAGCAGCUUUCCCUCAAGGGACAUUUCGAUUUACAAUCGACCGAAGCUUUACAUUCGUCCUUCUCAAACUUGGGGCUUGCGAUGCCUGUAUAUAUCACUUUCAAUAUCCCAACACUCACUCGGCUGGAUAUCCAUCCUUCAGUCGAUGCUGCUGUCGACAUACAUCUCAUUCUGGAUUGGGCGAACAAUCUACAGCAUUUGAUUAUUCGCUCGCAUGGCUCGUUUACGAAUAGUAGGGGCAGCCAACUUGCAGAAGACGAGGCUGUCGAUUCUGUGGAGCUGGGAUUCCGCAAUACGGCACAUACAUCGCUGGUGUCACUUACGAUCCAGCACUUGAAGAUCAGUCGUGAGGAACUGGAGAGUGUGAUGGGAAGGUGUCCGAGUUUAUUGGAGUUUCAGUCUGUGUGUAGCCCGGGAACCCUCUGGAAGGCGCGGCCACCGCCUUUGCAGUUUGUGCCUCAACAUUCACAGCAACUUCAGCAACAACAGCAAGGACUAAUCGAACACGCCUCGGGCCCUACCGUUACCCCUACGCCACAACAGAAGAGUCUCGUUCGGACUCUAUCCGAGUUAUGCCCCGACAUCCAGCGGUUUCAUAUCGGACUUCAGCAAGGGGGUUUCCAUGCAGAUUCUAUUCGCGAAACGCUGCGGUCGUUUCCAAGGCUCGGGUCCUUGGGUCUGCCGGCGUGGGAUUGUACAAAAGUAACGAUAGAGGCGAUCAAGGCGUUUCAGAUGGAACAGCAGCAACCACCACUUUCGCCUUUGAAGACGCGGUCGGGAGGAUUCCUGACGACGAUUUGUAUCAUGAACGUGUGUUCGAGUGAGAAAGUGAGCCAGGCGAUUCAUGAAUAUCUGUGCUGGACGCCCUAUUUGAAGGAGUUUUGUGCAUAUAAUACGACGCUUUACGUGGAGCAAAUGCAACAGGAAGGGGAACAGCAGCAGGAGGCGGGGGAGGUUGGAGAGGUGGUGGAACAGGAUGCCGUUAACUCGGUGGAUGCGCGCUCGGCUUGCCUCCCACCCUCAUCCACGGACUACUCGGACCCACAGCAUCGACCCAGCACGAGCAUCGCUUCUCCUUCUUCGUUUCCCAUUGGGUCAGUAACAAGUUCCUCACGACAACCAGCUCGGAAAUGGGCAUGUGCGAGCCUGGAGACACUAGUCGUUCGGUUUGCGCACCUACCUUGGAGGAACCUAUCGGACCCACCGAAGCGAUCGAAGGACACAUUCGCGUUCCUGAAACCACUUCAGUCAUUGAAGCGCCUGUGUAUUAAGGAAGGACUGAUGCUGGAAGCUGGACGAGAAUACGAGGCGCUUGCGGAGCUGAGAUCUUUGGAGGAGGUGGUGUUUACGACUUGCUAUCCGAUCCCGAUCAAGCCGAAGGAUCUAGUGUGGAUGGUCCGUGGCGGUCAGGGGAAGGAUCCGUUGAGAAGGGUGGUGGUGAGAAAGCAAAAGGCAAAUGUGGAGUUGGAUAAGGAGAUGAGGGGGUGGUUUAGCGAGCAGCGACCGGAAGUGAGGUUUGAGUUUGAGUUGACGGACUGUUGCGAGGAGGAGUAUAGCUUUCGGUGA